UGUAUCUCUCUUCAUCAUCGUGACACACAAUAAAUAGCACCUUCCUCAUGCGUUCGUUGGUCUAUUUUAUACACGCGCCGCCGCCGCCGCCGCCGCCUAGAACAGCAACGGAACCUUCUUCGCGGCUUGCUCCUUCUUCGCUUCAAACUCCGCGGCGCUCAUCUUCGUGGCGCGCUCGCCGCGGGCGCCACCUCCGUCGGGAUAUCGUCGUCGAUCUCCGGGGCCUUCGUCGCCGACUGCUGCUGCUGCUUCGCGUGCUUUUGCCCCGCCGCGUCGUCGUCCGAGUCCGAGUCGUUUUCCGCCAUCGCGAGAAUCUUUGA